AUGGCCUUGGUGCUGGUCCCUGCCUUUUGCCUUCUGAGCGGAGGCGCCUAUGCCCAGAACUGGGGCGUGACAGUCGCACCAGGGCCCCUUGAUGAAUGGGUCGGCUCCUGCGUGACCAUCCCCUGCUCCUUCACCUACCCCGCAGGGUGGAAGGUCACGACCGUGAUCUGGUUCUGGACACGGGACAGGGAUCACCGGGACACGGAUCCAAUCGUGUAUCACUCGGACGAGGCUCGUGUCCACGCUGACUUCAAGGGGCGCGCCCGCUAUCUGGGGAACCUGCAGCACAACUGCUCCCUGCGGGUGGCGGGGCUGCGCCCCAGUGAUAACGGCACCUACCGCUUCCGGUUCAAAGUAGUGGGCGACGGCAGCAGCAGUGACGCAUGGACGGGUCAGCCAGGACAGCAGCUCAGUAUCUCCGCCCAUCCAUGCCGGCCCUCCCUGGGGCGCCGAAUGGAACCGGGACCCUGCCUCACCUGCUCCGUGAGGGCCAAGUGCCCCCAUCGCCCCUCCUGGUACGACCGAGAUGGCGCGCGGCGGAGCCCAGAGCAAACCUCGGACGGGGCUGGGGUGACCGAGCUGCGAAUAUCCCCGUCCCAGCUGGACCCCGGCACGGCGCUGAGAUGCCAGGUGGAUGGAUACAGGGAUGAGUGUGACUCUGACCAAUCCCAGCCCCUGGAGACAGCCACCCCCAAGUUUCCCAGGGUCGAGGUUUCGUGGCCAGCAGGGAAGGCAGCGCUAAGGGAAGGCGACAAUUUUACCCUGCGCUGCCGGGCUGCUGCCCUGCGGCCCGUCGCCAGGUACGUCUGGUCCCGCGGGGACGUGUGGCUGCCAGAAGCCAAGAAGGACUUACGUGUUGACAAGGCAGCCGUCUCUGACGGAGGGAGCUACGCGUGCGGGGUCUGGGUCUCCGACCCCGGCUGGGGAUAUCUGAGCCUCUCUGCGAGGGAAUCGGUCGAAGUUCAGCUCCCCGGGGCACCCGCAUACAUCAUAGGACCUACAGUUGUGCUUCUCCUAUUACUGCUGGUGGGGCUGGUCGGCGUCAUAGCUUGGAGGAAGAGGCGGAGCAAACGCCAGGGAAUGAGCAGCAAUCCGCACCCGCCGGGCCCGAAGGAGACCCCGAUGUCUGAUUGCAUCUAUGAGAACACCCAGCACUCUGGCUUGGGGCAGCCAGCCCGCCUGGCCCCCCCCGGGCUCCCCAGCGCAACCACCGAGGUGUGCCCGGGCUCUCCGGCCAGCACCAGGCAAUCCCACAUCUACAGCCAGCCAAUGAACAUGGGCAAAGUACCACAGGGAGACCCGGACGAGGUCCACUACUCGGCCAUCCAGCUGCAGCCUCCCCUCCGGAGAGCGGAGCCUGAAGCCGACCUCACCUGCGAAUACGCUGCUAUUAAGUGCUAG